AGGACUGACCUACCUAUGCGGCAGGACUGCCACAGGACAAAAUACAGAACAUGCUUCCAUUUUUUUUCAAGAUCUUGUUUACUUCUCUUCCAGCCUGUCCUAGGAACUGGGCAUAAGUACUACCUGCAGUUCACCACAGAGGACUACAAAACUAGGGAAAAUGUUGGGACCUGUCUUGCUAUUGUGUUCUACCUAAAGAGGAAACCAACACCUACUGUUAAUAUAAAAUGCACAUAUACCAAAGAUCAGAAGGAAGUCCAAGAAGAUGACCAGAGAUUUUACCAAAAAAUAAGGCAACAAACCAAACCAAUAAUUGGAAGCUAUAUUCCAGACAGCUAUGGAAAUAUUGAACCGGCCUUUGAGUCAGCAUGGGCCUUGGCUGUUGUUGGCAGUAGUUACAUAAUGUGGGAAAAGUCAACAGAGAACUUGGGUUACUUCAUGGCACAAGUCAAGCAUGUGAAACAGUGGAUAAGUAAAGAUGAUUCGAUUGACUUUGACUAUGCUGUCCUACUUCACGAAAUACCAACCCAGGAAAUGAUUUUAUGCCACAUGCGUGUCAUUUGGAUUCCCAAUCAUCCUUUGAAAGUGAAGUACUUCUGCUCUUCUGAGAAUCAGUCAGCAGAAUCUGAAGAUGUAUCUGGUAUGGAAUCUGGAUCAGCUGAUGGAAUAUUAAAUGAAAGAGAAGCAAAUUUUUAAAAAAAGAUCAAUGCCAGUUUAUAUAAAGAUUUCAAAUGAAAGAAACCCUUGUAUUAAUAGCUCCAGUCAGUUUUCUGAUAACUCUUCUGCACAAAUAAUAUUGCGAUGAAAGUGAUUCCUUUUACUGAAUAGUCAAACUUUGACCCAAAACAAAUCUCUGUAUAAUUUCUUGAAAUGCAACAACUCACACAUUCUAGAUACGUACCUACCUAAAACUUGUAUUACAAAAAAUGUAUUACAUAAGCUGAUUUUAUGUCACUAAGUUAGUUACAUAGAGUGACACAGUAUGUGAACAAAGUUAAUAUAUUUGGAUAAAAGUCUUGAUAAAAGUAUUAAUCUUCCAUUUCAGUAACAUUUAUUUGUCUACUAAAUAAUUUUGAUUUUUUGAACAGGAAUAUUAUAUGCUAAUUUUAACUUAUAUCUGCAGUAAAAUAAAUACCAUUACACAUGG